AUGGAUCCACGGCAGGGAAUUUUCCAUAAGACAACUCUUGAGUCAACGACCACUUUACAACAGAAAUCAUUCCACACGACCACCCUCGCAGGCCAUAAAAGACCUCUAGCCGAACCUGGUGAUUCUGGACAGCAGCAGGCCGCUGUACCAAGAAGGCAGAAUGAAUUCCAAAGAGCAUCAGCUGUAGGGAAAGAAUUACCUAGACUAACUGCUAGCACCAUCGCUGCUACUGGUCCUGAUGCUGAUACUACUGCACAACCCUCUGAAUAUUCGCAGCGCCGGGUAGCACAGGCUACCCCGAGGUCGAUAGUUGAUCGUUCUCUGUCGCUAUCAUUCCCGAGAUAUGGCUUGCCUAGUUCGCUAGUGAACAACCUAAAUGCUCUUGGCAUCAAAGAGAUCUAUCCCUGGCAAAAGCAAUGUCUUUUGGGUCCAGGCCUUCUGAAUGGAUCCAAGAACCUAGUCUAUACGGCUCCAACCGGCGGGGGAAAAUCUUUAGUCGCUGAUAUUCUAAUGCUGAAAAAAGUCCUUGAAGACGGCAAUGCUAAAGCUUUACUUGUGCUUCCUUACGUUGCGUUAGUUCAAGAGAAGGUUCGAUGGUUACGAAGUGUUGUGCAAGAUAUUAAGAGGCAAAACUCUCAACCAGAUGCUUCCGAAAAGAGGGAAAAUUCGCUUUGGCAAAGACGAGCCGGUGAUGAUACCGUCAGAGUCGUUGGAUUUUUCGGGGGUGGCAAAGUUAGGGCUACGUGGGCUGACUUCGAUAUUGGUGUUUGCACAUUCGAAAAGGCGAACACGCUUAUUAAUACUGCUAUUGACGAUUGCACCAUUACUAAUCUUAGAGCUGUCGUGCUAGAUGAGCUGCAUAUGGUAGACGACGAUCAUCGUGGUUAUCUCAUGGAGCUUAUUGCUACAAAGCUUUUAAGUCUUGGGCACGACGUCCAAAUCAUCGGCAUGAGUGCGACUCUACAAAACAUCGAUCUAUUAUCGCGGUGGUUAGAUGCGCAUAUCUACAGCACUUUCUAUCGACCGGUACCUAUCGAGGAGUAUCUUGUCCACGAAAGCCAAAUUUACCCAGCCUCAUCAACCAGUGGGCUACUUAAGACCGCCACCCAGCUUGCUUCGACGCAUCCCAGUGCAAGCCAACCUCAGAAUCAUCCCGUGAGAAUUGUACACCCAAGUCCACACAAGGAAUUCAAGGAUCCGGUAUUAAAUGCCGUUGUCGCAUUAGCAACGGAAACGGCAAGAUCAGGAUAUGGUGCUCUUGUUUUCUGCAAUAGUCAUGGCUGUGAAUCCGACGCGCGGCUUAUCAGUCGUGCUAUGAACGAUACUUCUUGUCUUGACCCGGCCAUUAUGGAGAAAAGGCUAGACCUUUUGGCCGACUUACGUAGUCUCAGUACGGGACUUGACCCCUGCUUGGCUGAAACGGUCAUAUCUGGUGUUGCUUUUCAUCAUGCCGGCUUAACAACAGAAGAGCGUGACUUGAUUGCUAGUGCUUACGAUAGUGGCGUGCUCAAAAUACUGGUAGCGACUUGCAGUCUUGCUGCCGGUAUCAACCUUCCUGCGAGGAGAGUCAUACUUCACAAUGCGCGAAUGGGCCGAGAUUUAGUCGGGCCCUCUAUGCUUCGUCAGAUGCGUGGUCGGGCAGGCAGGAAGGGAAAGGACGAGAUAGGAGAGACCUAUUUAUGUUGUCGGAAAGACGACCUUCAGGCCGUCAUCGAGCUUAUGCAUGCUGAUUUACCUCAGAUCUCAAGUGGGCUAACCACAGAUAGACACCGCAUACAGCGCGCGUUACUGGAAGUCAUUGCCAUCAAACUAGCGAACUCAAGAGAUACCGUUGAGGAUUACAUCCAAAAAACCUUACUGAACCUGUCCACAGAGCCAGACGUCAUAACAGCUCAUGUAGAGUCAAGCUUACAAGACUUGGCUUCGAUGGGGUUCAUCCGCUCCGAUGAGCCUGACUUAUAUGAUGCAACACAACUGGGCAAGGCCGUUGUUACCUCGUCAUUGGAACCAGAGGAUGGUGCGUUUGUUCAUCGCGAAAUGCAACGCGCAUUGCGGGCUUUUGUAAUGGACGGAGAAAUGCAUAUCCUAUAUACGUUUACGCCGGUGCACGAUACAUCGGUUACGGUUAACUGGCGGGUUUUCAGGUCAGAAAUGGAAGGCCUUGACGAUAGUGGGCUUCGUGUUAUGACCUUCCUUGGCCUAAAACCAACACAAGUCAAUAAGAUGGCACAAGGUGGAAACCUUAAAGAAACGACGCCGGAAGAAAAAGAAAUUGCCCGCGUCUAUCGUAGGUUUUACCUGGCUCUUCAACUGAGAGACUUAUGUAACGAGAUGCCUAUCCAUAUUGUCUCCCAUAAAUAUGAUACGCCACGAGGUGCCGUCCAGAACCUUGCGCAGACAUGCCAAGGAUUCGCUGCUGGGAUGAUCAAAUUCUGCGAACAGAUGGGCUGGGGAGCGAUGGCUGCCAUACUCGACCAUUUUUCAGAUCGGCUGAACGCGGGAGCGAAGUCAGAUCUGCUAGCGCUAACGAAAAUUACGUUCAUCAAGAGCCGGACAGCGAGGGUCUUCUACGAGAACGGAUUAAAGACGGUCGCAGCCGUCGCAAAUGCCGACCCCAAGGAACUUGUGCCGAUUCUUAUACAGGCGCAACCGAGCAAAGUGAGGCUCAAGUCGAAGGACGAGGAAAAGUACGAGGAAAAACUUCUUGCCAAAGCAAAAAUCAUCGCGGACUCAGCGAACCGGCUGUGGCAAAUCGAGAUGCAGCAGCAGGUUUAUGAGGAAUAG